GGCUUAUAUAGGCCCAAAAUGCCCGGUUCAUAAGUUUCCACACAUGCUUCUUCUCUCGCGGCAUCAUUUUCAAUGGCGGCGCUCGCAAGGAUCGGUGGCCGGUACUUAAAAUCCGUCGGCGUAACUAAGGCUUCCUCCUCGUGUUUCCUCACUCAACGCCGUGGAGUUGCCACUAAACUCUUCGUUGGCGGAUUAUCGUUUUACACUACCGAGGAGGGAUUGUCAGAGGCAUUUUCCCAAUGUGGUCAAGUUGUUGAAGCUCAAAUAGUGAUGGAUAGAGUCUCUGAUAGAUCCAAAGGGUUCGGUUUUGUGACGUUUGCUUCUGAUGACGAUGCGAGGAAGGCUUUGAUGGAGUUUAAUGGACAGCAAUUAAACGGUCGUGUAAUAUUUGUGGACUACGCUAAAGCGAAGCAAACUUUUGGUGGCGGUGGUGGUGGCUUACCAAUAGCUAGAGGACCGCCUAGGCCAGGGGAAGCAGCUGCAACAACAUCUGAGCCAUUGAACAUCGAAUAACCGAAUCGAAAAUAGGAAUAUAUUGCAUCUGCUAUAUCUUUUGGUAUGGAAAAAAACACUUUUACAAGUGUUGUUUGUAAGAGACAUGAGCAAAGCUUCGGCACACUUGCUCUUGUUUCAUUUCAUGAUCUCUGAAUCUUUUGUUAAAGCAGAAGUAGUUAUCACUACAAAACUCUCAACUCUUAAAUGAAUCUUAUACUCUUAGGAUGUGUAUAUAUCGCUUUUUAUUACAGAUGAUGAUCAAUAAUGUUUCCAGACUGGUAUGAUCUGUU